AUGACCUUUUCUAAUUAUUUUCGUUCGAAAAGGCUAUUCUAUGAGGCUUAUGGAGUGGGAAUAAGCUACACUCUUAAAGUUUGGUUUGUGGGGAGCAACCCAAUGACUUAUGAAUCUGCGACCCACUUUACUUCUUGGUCAAAGCUUCAUGAAUACAUAGUCUGCUCUCCACGAAAUUUAGGAAGAACACAGAAGUUAACAAAAGACGAUGCAUUGGCCUAUCUGAAAGCAGUGAAAGAAACGUUCAAAGACAGGAAAGAGAAAUACGAUGAAUUUAUUGAAGUAAUGAGAGAUUUCAAGGCACAAAGAAUUGAUACAGCUUGUGUUAUUGCCCGUGUGAAAGAAUUAUUUGAAGGGCAUCGUGAUCUUAUUUUGGGUUUUAACACCUUUCUUCCUAAAGGUUCUGAAAUUAUACUUCAGCCUGUUGAAUUUGAGAAAGCCAUUAAUUAUGUCAACAAGAUCAAGACUCGGUUUCAACCUGACGAUCGAGUAUACAAAUCUUUUCUGGAAAUUUUGAAUAUGUAUCGGAAGCAAGAGGUAAUAAUCUUUGCAUCACAGGUGGCUUCAUUGUUCAAGGACCAUCAAGAUUUUCUUGAGGAAUUUACUUAUUUCUUACCUGAUUCCUCAGACACAGCACAUGUGCCACAUGCUCCAUCUUCUGCAAGACAGGCACCUUUUCCUGCUUCUGGAAGGGAUGAUCUAAGUCCUAGCUUGGCUUUACAGAUAGUAAAGAUAUUUGGUUUAGCUAGAGCAAUUUCCAGAAGGGCUCUAAGAGGCUUUCCAACAGGAUUCAUUAGUUCUACAGUGAGGCUUUCCAACAGGAUUCAUUAA